AUCCGGUGACUGUAUUUGUUCCGUCCAUGGAAGGCGGUGUUCCUUCUGACGUUGAUGCCUCUGCUUUUCGAGCAUGUUUGUCUCUCUCUUACAAGAAUCCUUACAUUCUUCAACUCGCCUUCUCUGCUGGAAUCGGUGGCCUCCUCUUUGGCUAUGAUACUGGAGUGAUAUCUGGGGCUCUUCUGUAUAUAAGAGAUGAGUUCGUUGAAAUGACGCAGAAGACAUGGCUGCAGGAAAUGGUGGUGAGUAUGGCACUUGUGGGAGCAAUCAUAGGUGCUGCAGUAGGAGGAUGGGUCAAUGAUCGAUUUGGAAGGAAAAUAACAAUCUUCAUCGCAGAUUUCCUCUUCCUUACUGGCUCUGUCAUCAUGGCCGCUGCUCCCAACCCCAUUGUUCUCAUUGUUGGCCGUCUCUUUGUUGGUCUUGGUGUUGGAGCAGCUUCCAUGGCUUCUCCUCUUUACAUUUCAGAGACUUCUCCAAGUAAAAUUAGAGGCGCCCUUGUUGCUCUCAAUAGCUUCCUCAUAACUGGAGGUCAAUUCCUCUCCUACCUCAUCAACUUGGCCUUCACUAAGACCUCAGGAACUUGGAGGUGGAUGUUAGGAGUGGCAGCCUUACCUGCUUUGAUACAAAUUAUUCUGAUGUUCUGGCUCCCAGAAUCACCACGUUGGCUUUACAGAAAGGGAGAGGUAGAAAAAGCUAAAGCAAUUUUGAAGAAGAUUUAUGUUGACGAUGUUGAAGCUGAAAUCCAAGCCUUGCACGAUCAAGUUCAACUAGAAAUGAAAAUACAGGACGAGGCAAAAAAUAUUAAGAAGAGUGACAUGUUUAAAAACAAAUCAGUAAGAAGAGGGUUGUAUGCAGGGGUAGGCCUUCAAAUCUUUCAGCAAUUCGUGGGAAUCAACACAGUGAUGUAUUACAGCCCCACAAUAGUCCAAUUAGCUGGUUUUGCUUCAAAUCAAACGGCACUCCUUCUAUCACUCAUCACGUCUGGACUCAAUGCAUUUGGCUCUAUUUUGAGCAUAUACUUUAUUGAUAGAACUGGGAGGAAGAAGCUUGCCCUUAUCAGUUUGGUUGGUGUUGCUUGCUCACUUGGUCUUCUAACUGCUAUAUUUCAAGUUGCCAGUACUCACUCUCCUAUGGUCAGCCCUAUUGCAACCAAACACUUCAAUAACACUUGCGCUAGUUACGCCUCAGCAGCGGAUGCCAGUUCCUGGCAUUGCAUGACUUGCCUCAAAGCUAAUCCAGUUUGUGGAUUCUGUGCCGACAAAUCUGAUAAGCUAUCGCCGGGGGCAUGUUUGGUGACAAGUCAAAUGUCAGAGAAGCAAUGCAAAAGCGAAAAAAGAGAUUGGUACACGGAGGGUUGUCCCAGCAAAGUUGGUUGGGUAGCAAUAUUAGGACUCGCUCUCUACAUCAUCUCCUUCUCACCUGGAAUGGGAACGGUUCCUUGGGUCAUGAACUCUGAAUUAUACCCUUUACGGUACAGAGGAAUCUGUGGUGGCAUCGCUUCUACAGCACUUUGGAUUUCCAACCUCAUUGUAUCUCAAACCUUCUUGACCAUGACAAAAUCCAUAGGAACUUCGUGGACCUUCUUAUUGUUUGGUGUCAUUGCUGUUGUAGCUGUUUUCUUUGUCAUCAUCUUUGUUCCUGAAACUAAAGGGCUUCCCAUGGAGGAUGUGGAGAAGAUGCUGGAAGAUCGGUCUGUUAAUUUCAAGUUCUGGGAGCCACGUAAGAAGAAAAACAAGACUGGAAAGAAUGAGUCAUUUAAUUAACUUUGAGAUUAAUUACAGGGACCUACAUUUAUGGUACAUAAAUAACCACCCUGAGCGACACUAUUUCAUUAUACCAUAGGAGUAAGAUUAAUCGGGUAGAGAGAUGAUAGAUCUUCUCUUGAAGAUAGAAGAACUACUUCAAGAGCAUUGUCACGUUUACUCGAUAUUUGUAAUUGAGUUGAAUGAGAAUAACAAGCCCUUUUGUCAACAGAAUAUACUUCUUUGUUGAGCA